AUGGAAAAUGGAGUCGACUUUGUUGCUGCUUGGCUUGCUUGUGCGAAGAUAGGUGUGAUCUCCGCUUGGAUCAAUACGAACCUUCGCAAAGAAGCCCUUGCACAAUCGUUGACAUCCUCAAGGGCUUCUGUGGUUCUCUGUUCAUCUUCACUGCAGCAAGCACUGGUAGAGAUGAUUGAAUCGGGCACAACUUCGAUGCGGCCGUUGGUAAUAUUCUCGCGAGGAAGUCCAAACGAGCCUAACAUCAAACCAAUUCAAAGACUUCUUCAAGAACAGCCAUCUUCGCAACCCACAUCUCAACGCCGCAUGUCAUUUCAAGACCCACUCUGUCUAACAUAUUCCACUUCUGGAACUAACAGGAUGCCGAACGCGGCGCUUAUAAAGCACUUAGGAAUUGGGCAGACCAUCAUUCAUGGUGCCACGUGUGUUAUACGUGAGAAAUUUCCGCGAAAAAAUCCACUAAUUUCUGGAAAGACUGUGUCGCACACAGAUGUACGGUACGUUAGAGAGGCUAAGGUUUCACAGUAUAUCGGCGAACUUCUGCGUUAUCUCUUGCUCACCGAGAAGUCCCCAUGUUUUAUGAAAACGAAUCACUGCGUGCGACUUCUAAUGGGAAACGGCUUACGGUAA